AUGUCAGCAACUUACUGCGAAUGCGUUCGGGCUGAUUCUGUUGCGUGGAACCCACACAAAAUGCUGCUGGCAGGGUUGCAGUGUUCCGCCUUCCUGCUCAAAGACAACACUGGCCUCCUGAAGGAUUGUUUCUCGGCCAACGCCGGCUAUCUCUUCCAGCCAGACAAGUUCUACAAUGUCUGUUAUGAUACCGGUGACAAGUCCCUGCAGUGUGGUCGGAAGGUGGAUUGCCUCAAGCUAUGGCUGAUGUGGAAAGCUGUUGGUACUCGAGGGCUGGAGGAAAGGAUUGACCAUGCCUUCACCUGCACCAGGUAUUUGGUGAAUGAAAUGAAGGAAAGAGAAGGUUUUCGGUUACUGAUGGAGCCUCAGUGUGUCAAUGUCUGCUUUUGGUACAUCCCGCCCAGCCUACGAGGGAAAGAGCAGACCCCUGACUUCUGGCAGAACCUAGGAAAGGUGGCUCCAUUUAUCAAGGAGCGAAUGGUGAAGCGAGGCAGCAUGAUGGUUGGUUACCAGAAACAUGGGGACAAAGUGAACUUCUUCCGACAGGUCCUGAUCAGUCCACAGGUCAGCUGGGAGGACAUGGACUUCUUUCUGGAUGAAAUUGAGCGUCUGGGGUGUGAUUUCCAGCCCGAGUAACGUGCUAAAACUCUCUCUCUCUGUUAUAUUUGCCCAUUAGUGACAUCCAGAGGCUUAGGUCACCUGAGCUCAGUCUAUUUCAUUUCCCUCCUCUACUGCAUGUUAAUUUUGGGAAUGUUUGUUUAAAAAAUUUAGUUCAUGGGAACAUAUUAAAUUUUGAAGAUUUUUCACUGAAUAAAAAAAAUCCAUCCACCUGGCUAUAAGGGUCCCAAAUGUAUUUUGACAGUUUCUGGUGGACAUGAUUCCCAAGUCAAAAUCUGCCCCUGACCAGGCACAGAACUGCCUGUCCCACUUAGAGAUGCCAUUGGCUGGUUAUUGUGGGAAAUGGAAUUGUCACAUCUGUACAGUGGAGGAAACUCAUUUGAGGUCUCAGCUGAUGUAUAUUGUUAGAACAAAUUAGAGGUCGAGCUUUAUUCAGCAUCUAACCCCAUGCUGUGCCUGAACUGGGAGUGUUUGAUGGGGACAGUGUAGAGGGAGCUUUACUCUGUAUCUAACCCCGUGCUGUACCUGUCCUGG